AUGAAUAAAUUUUAUAUUCAAAUUGUUUUAUUUUUUUUAAGUGUCUCAGUAUAUCUGAAUAAUAAAGCCCUUGCAACUGAGCCUGCACCAGAAGAAAAUACAGAAACCAAACCCCCAAAACGUUAUCUUACCCCCGAAGAAAUAUUUGCAAAAAACAAACACCUAUUAUGUACCAAUCGUAACGAAAUUAUAAAUGCGGCCAAUCUUAUGAGCGAAGCUGCAGCACAUUUAGAGAAUCAUGCUACAAGUAAAAAUGGUUAUGACAUAUGUAAAUGGACUCGAAAUUUUAAUAUUACUCUUUCUACAAAAAAAGAUGAAGGAAAUAUAAUUAUUCAAAAAACUCAUUUUAAAUAUUAUAAUGUCGAUAAGUAUAAGAAAAUAAUAAACAUGUUAUGGGAUCCCAAUAGUGAGCAUUUUUUAGAUAAAACUUCUUCUAAAAGAAAAAUUGCCCGUGUGUACAAUCCGAAUUUAGUAAUGAUACAGCAACGUUACAAAAGUUGGUCUGAGGGCCGUGAUAAAUAUUUUUAUGCUUUAGCUGCAAAUAUUGAAAUAUCACCAUAUGAAACUAUAAUUGUCAUAUCUUCACCAAAUGUAAAUGAUGGAUAUCCCUCCGAUAAAGAAUAUAAAAACAAAAUCGUAGAAAACGCAAAUUUAUUCAAACUCGACAUUAAUUCUGAAGAUGAUAUUAAAAAUGGAGAAAUAAAGAAGACGAAUGUUAACAUAGCUGGAUACUUCAUUCGAAAAAUAUGCAAUUUUAUUGAUAUCAUCUAUAUUGAAUCUAUUGAUGGGCAUAACAUCCGUUCUCGAAAAGAAAAUAUUAAAAAAACUUUAAAUAAUAUUUAUUCAUUGUAG